CAAACAAACGCCCGCCCCUUGGCCCCUUCGAUCCGAUCUCUGCCUGGCCAUACAAUGACGACGGCACCAUGGCCGCAGAACACCAUGGCAGGCCUGUUGCCGCUGCCGCUGCCAUUGCCGCUGGAAACGCGCCGCCCCCCUCCACGCUAGCUGCGCAACUGGUCGAGAACAUCUCGGCGUCGGCAAAGUCGACGCGAUCCGAAGAGAACGCCGAGCUGAAGAGGCUGUUUGCCGUCAUAGAGAAGGUCAAAAACAAGCCAGACCUGCUGAAGGACGCCGAGCAACGCACCGAGCACAACCACAUGCUCAUCUACGUCUACGCCCGCGUCGUCCUCGAAGGCAUCAAGCUCGACGACCCCUUUGCCGACCGGAACCACCUGCGGAACGAGGCGCUCAAGGCCAUCAACUUCCUGAAAGUCACGAUCGAGGAGACGCCGAAUGUCUUGAGUCAUACCACAGAUGGGAGGCAGUUUGUGUUCCGCGGCGAGGAGCCUCUUUGGAUCUGGGUCUUCCCCAAGAUCCUGAGGCUGCUGGGCCACUCUCGCUGCCUUGAUUUGGCUGAGCCCAUCGAGGGGUUCUUCCAGUUCGUGAUUCUCGCGGUAAUCCGCACGGGCUCCAUGUGGAAGUUGCUCUCCUCCGUAAUCUUAUACCUGCGCGAGACGAGCAGUGUCCUUCUUAGCCGGCUGCAAGACACGGCGCCGAGUGCGACUGGAAGAGACGUUUCAAUAGACAUCACGUUGCCUUCAGCCGCUACAUUGGAGCUCUUGCUCGGGAAACCUGGCUCUCUCCUUGUCCAGCAGACCACAUACACCAUCCAGCAUGUCUCGCAGGGCCUGCGCCAAGCAACAGCGUUGAUAUCGGCCAUGGCACACCCCUCAAUCUCUAAAUCAUCGAGUCCCAUCUCGCAGCCGUCAAUAUCAAAUCUGACGCCUUGGCUGCUCGAUUCAUUGCUUUCUAUCCGUGCCAUUCAGAAUACCUGGCAAACCGUUGCGCCUGCUCCUAGAGCCGACUUGCUGAAUGUUGCUAUAAACCUGCUUCCAAAAAAGCCUUCUCUCGCACGGAAAUCAUUAGUCUCGCAGAAGGCGUACGCGUUGCUGGCGCUGCUUUGCGCCGAGUUUUCCGCGCAUCCCGAUGAGAUCCUAGGUAUUGAUGAACAGAGCCUGGCCGCCAGGAAGACGUUGUCCCUGAGUCUCAUACGUCUGGCCCAUGCGUCGCUUGUAGAUCGGGAGAUUGGCAGAAUAGCGGCACCGAAAAUUGUCUUUCCGCUCGAGUUAGCGUGCGCCGACGUUCCCUCGUUGGGUAAAGCCCAUGAUUUCUCACGUUCCAUUCGAGUCCUAAAGCAAGCUUCCGGACCUGUCGCGCCAGACUCGCUUGACCCUGAAACACAGCCGGCAUGCUUCGCCGAUGCCGAGCUCCGCCAGGCUGUUGAGAAUCUUGGUAUCGCAAACCGCACAGCCGAGGAAGGGGAGCCUGCAUCCAAACGCAGGAAAGUCUUUCUGGAUGCUGGCGAGGUUGGCGAGCUGACCGCACAGCUUUACGAAAUUCUCCAGUCGGACCCAACUCCUGAGAAUGGGACUCUAGAGCAUGCUUUCCUAAAUCACUAUCCAGGACUUAGCGAAGAUGACCAAUGUUUAGCCAUCGACCUUGUUGCUCGCACAUCGUGCGCUGUAGAUAUGGCGGCAACGAAAAAGAGGUUGAACUCAAAGAAGAACAAAAUGCCCCGAUGCGUCAUUUGUGACCGGAGGCCCAGGGGCAACAAGAGACGGACGGUGGUCACGGCUCAAGCGAAAAGCGAUGCGCAGUCGGUUUUCACGAAGCUCAUCCACCUCGACUCGUUCAAAGAGUCGAGGCGACCAAGAGUUGUUGCAAUGAUCGCAUUGAGACGGAUAAUCAACCACGCCGAUGUCACCCAGCUGAUCGAUCUCGAGACUUCUGCCCUAGGACAGUGGUGUCUGCAGAGCCUACACAGCUCCGUCAGAGAGCUUCGGAUCGCCUCAGGACGCGCUCUUCCCCUUUUCCUGGCGGACGCGAGUUCAGAUACGCUCGACCCCGCUGUGGUUGAGCGCAACCGAAAGAACGCGCUCAGCCUGCUUAAAGCCGCCUCGGAGAAAGACGCGGUCAUAUUCCAUGAAAGCGGGAUUCUUGCCUGGAGCCAACUUGGACGUGUUGUGACCGGAGACGAGCUCAAUCUCGUGCUUCACAAGUUGCUUGAGUAUCUGGGCAGCAACAACAGUCUGAUCGCUGCGUGUGCUUUCAAUGAGAUUCUCGGCCUAGCUACUGCAUUGAAGACAACACCCCGUCGCUUGUUCGAGCCCUUUUGGAGAAACCUGGCGUACUUUGCUGUCAAGGACAUGGUAUCUCGGCCGCAGAUGACCCGUGCUAUCGCCGAUCUGCUACAGAUUUCUGUUACAGACUUCCUUCUGCUCAUUCAGACCCAUGCGAUGCCGUGGCUGGUCUUGAUGAAGAAGAAAGAUGUUAUCCAGAAGAUUGCCGAAGCAAGGGGCGAAAAGGACGUCUGGGUCCCUAUUCUGGACACUGUCAAUGCUGGCCCCAUUCUCGCGCUGCUGCUCGUGCAAGAUGUGCAAAAUAUUGAGCAAUUUGUCAUGUCGAGACUCAUCGAAGUGGCUUCUCAUCUAGAGUCCUUCAGCUUGGUUGAGCUGAUGCAAGCAGAGGUUGUCACUAUCGUCCUCGAGCUGUUGAAGGCAGUGGGCGAGGCGGACGAAACCCGCAAACCCCGGGUUAUCGAGGCACUUACUUCUUUUUGCUCCAUGAUGAUGGUUGCAAACAAGGAGUCGAGGCCGAAGAAAGGAAACACUAUCGGAAGGUUUCUUGAGUCUUACAUUCUGGGUCUCAUGGCCCGACUUGCGGAUGUCAUCAACGAUAUGCCCCUUGUAUCGCCCCCGGUCGAGGAACAGAGGCGAUGCGUGCGAGCCAUGGAGGAGAUGAUCAGGCUUUGCAAAACCUACGUGCGCAUUGCGCGACCUCAGAUAUCUGCGUGCUUACUGUCAGCCUUGGACCAAGACGAUCUGAGAGAAGUUGCGUUCUCUUGCUGGGCGGCUCUGCUCACAUAUCUCGAUUCAGAAGACGUCGAGGUGCUGCUCGAAACGACUUUUUUUGUCAUCGGCCACUACUGGCCAUUGUUCAAUGGUAACUCUCGACGCAUGGCCAAAAACCUGAUCACGACACUGAUGACGGACUUCGAUACGGUUCUCCAUGAAAACAUCAGCAAACUACCUUCCUUGGCUCAUGUGCCGGAGCUGGCGGAUAUCGAAGCGCAGCUUAGCGCAAUUCGUCCUCCGCUCGACAGCAGCAGAGCGUUUGCCCUCUUCGCGGAGCGCAUAUCCCACGAGAACUCUGGUGUUGUUUUGCAGGCUCUGGCCGAACUAGAGACCUACCUCAAGCAAAGCGGAGGCUUCCUCCAGACUUCGACAAUCAGCCAGCAACCAGAUCCAGUUGUCUCUACCGUGCUUCGGGCUUUGCUCGAUUGCGCUUCGAAAUAUAGUUCCUCGCAGCUUGAAAUCGCCAGUCUCUGCACGCAAUGCAUCGGCCUGGUGGGCUGCCUGGACUCUAACAGGGUUGAAGCGCCACGGGAGCAAAAGUCGAUGGUGAUUCUGAGCAACUUUGAAAACUCGGAAGAAACGACCGACUUCGUGCUAUUCACGCUGGAAAAUAUCCUGGUCAAGGCGUUUCUGUCCACGACAGACACCAAGCUCCAGGGUUUCCUCGCGUUCGCCAUGCAAGAACUGCUUAGCAGAGUGGAUAUCAAAGCGGCUUGCGCAAUGAAGAACACGGGCCAGAGGGACGGCGGCAGCAUCUACAGAAAGUGGUUGGCGUUGCCGGAGAGCGUCCGCAUGAUCUUAACGCCGUUUCUCACUUCCAAGUACAUCUUGAUGACCAUGACCAUGGCGACAAUAGAGUAUCCGAUCUUCCGGCCCGGCAAGCCCUAUGGCAACUGGAUGCGCUCCUUCAACAUGGAUCUCCUGCGCAAGGGACAGAACGCGUAUGCGGACCUCAUCUUCGAGCCGCUGUGCCGCACCAUCCGAGUCAAGGAUCUCGCAGUGGCGGAAUUCCUGAUGCCGUACCUCGUUCUGCACGUCAUCAUAGGCCACCGGAGCUCUCGCAAGGAGCGUGACAAUGUUAUAGGUGAGCUGGUUGGGAUUCUCCAGCACCAACCCGCAGAAGAUGCGCCGUAUAGCGAACGAGAGGACAUGAAGCUGUAUUGCGAAGCUGUCUUCCGAGUUCUCGACUAUGCCAGCAGGUGGCUCCAAGAAAAGAUUGCCAAACGCAAGAACGACAAUGACGCGCCGGCCAUUGCGCGUGUCGAGGAUCUGCUAAGCACGAUCCCGCCAGUGCUCAUAUCUCAACGUGCGAUGGACUGCAAAGAAUACCCCCGCGCGCUCUUUCACCUUGAACAGCAUGCCCAGCAGCUGGAGGUUGAGAAGAGCGACCCGAGGCAGAAGACCUUUCUUCUCGAGCAACUGCAGGACAUUUACACGCAGAUUGACGAACCCGACGGGUUGGAAGGCAUCUCGGCUCACCUCCACGUCCUGGACAUCAACCAGCAAAUCCUCAGCCACAAGAAAGCGGGCAGGUACACCGCCGCCCAGACGUGGUACGAAAUCAAGCUGGCAGAAGAGCCCGACAACAUUGAUGUGCAAGUGGACCUGCUCAACUGCUUAAAACAGUCUGGUCAACACGGUGAGUUGCCAUGCGGAGGCGGUUUGGGGGAGGGAGGAGGAGAAAAAGAAUAAGAAGAAUAAGAAGAAGAA